AUGAGAACAAUUUAUGAGAGUAACCUCGAUGACCUUCCCUGAUCAGUGACUGACACCGCUGCACUAGUUUGUGUGACUGCGGCAUCCCGCGGGAAAUGAAUCCGGCUCUUGACGCGUUACUUUAUAUAAGUUCAACCUCAAACAUUAUAUAUUUCUCUUCAUCCUCAGAUUGCAAGGUCUUUCAGGCUAUUGCAAAGCUACCUUUGCCCUUUAUUCGUUUCUUUAUAUUCCUUAGAGCCUUCACUUAGAUUAGGCCUCCUUUUGUCUUUCACAAUGACAACACAUCAACCAUCCAACUCUCAAGGCCUUCGUGCCGAAAAGCUUGUCGCUCUUCCAAGCUUGACAUGCGGUCUCUCUUCAUUACCCCAAGCCAAAAGCAUGGACAGCGUGUCACUACAUCCAAACAUGUACGCGCAGCGGGCAGCUCAAAGUGAAGCCAAGCUGAAAAACGUCCUGUCCAAGACUGCCGCAUCACACUCGCAAGCGCCUCCCCCCGUUCCUACCUACAUGAAUCCUGUACGUGAUGCUAGACUGACCAUGCCGAGAAUUCAUGCUGACCGCCGCCAAUUUUUUUUUCCGGUCAUUCUAGCCUCAUCAUAACUCAAAUUCGUCCAAUUCAUCUCCGCCCUUGAUGAUGCGGAAACCUGUAAGUACCCGUCUCCAACUUGUUCUUCUCCAUUCGUCUCAUUCUGGAAACAAUCAGAAACCAAAAUUCUCGGCCUAAUUGGCCUACCUAGACUUUCUUCCUUUUAUAUCUUCCUCUGCUGGGAACUAUCGUAGAUCUUGCAUUACCACCAUAAAGCGGCACACCUUCUCAUCGUCCAUCCUCAUCCUCGUCACGUUAUUGCAUCGCAUAUAGACACAUCGCAUACCUAUAUUCAUACCAGGGCAUCUCUUUCAUUCCCCGUGGUUUUUUUUGUUGCUUUUGUUUUGUUCCACCCAGCCCAGCGCUUCAGGUGAAGAUUGGAUUUUUAAUACGGGUAGCGAGCUUAUACUUGGCCCGGGAGGUCCUUUACUCUGCUACGCGUCUAGUCAUCAUAAUUUAAUGGAUAUUGGGUUUGUUGGGCAACUGAUAUUGGUGUGUGAGCAUCGCUGACA